AAGCAAUUAUGCUCAGGCAGGCGACCUGCUUAGUUAACCACGAAAACCGCUUUCACAGCACAGCAGUCGGUCCUGCACUGUCGCCUCCAAGUGUGCAUACACACACAUACAUCUAUAUUUAAGAUUUCACAUAAAUGCAAACAUGUGCUCAAAUGUCCAGUGGGGAAUUCUACUACAUUCGCCAUUUUCAACGGCUCUGUGGCGGCUCGGGAAUAAUUAUAAGCCGCGCAGUCCACUUUCAUGGUCAAUUGUACGCCGAACGCUGCACGGAAAGGUCAGUACAAAUAAGCUGUCGAAUUAAGAACAAAAAAAAGUUUUUUAUAAAUUUACUUGAAAAGUUGGUGUAAAGUGUAAAAGUUAAAAAAUAUUAAAAACUAAAUUGAAGAUUUUUUAGAAAGAGAUUUUCAAAAAUGUUUGCGUGGAAGUUGUGGUCCAUGAUUUGGUUGUUGUGUCUACAUUCUACACUACAAAAUGAGAUGGAUAAUGACGAUUUGAAUCACAAAUUAAGAGGCAUCAUCCAAUGGAAAUAUGAGAAACGUCCAUUUUGCAAUGCUUUUACAGGUUGUGGUAAAAAGCGCUCAUCUCUCCCUUACCCUUUAUGGAAACGAGCUGACUUGGAUGAUGUCAAAAUGUAUAACAACGAAGAUAUGUCGGAAGGACUAAGCGAUCUCAUCGAUAUAAAUGCCGAGCCGGCCGUAGAAAAUGUACAAAAACAAAUUAUGUCGCAAGCCAAGAUAUUCGAGGCCAUCAAGGAAGCGAGCAAAGAGAUAUUCCGUCAGAAGAAUAUGCAGAAACUGCGACAGCGCGAAACAAAUCCAGAAGCCAUCGAGGGAGUUUAGGCGAAUAACAAGAAAUUAAAAAAAAAA